CGGGUGGGUCUUGCCAGGUCGCUCUGACGUGUCGACGCCAGGGCACGGCCCGGAGCGGGGCGGGCGCCGGCGGUACUGGCCUGGCCGCGGCCGUUGGCCCCUUUGGCUGCGCCCACCAUGUUCAACGUGUCGAGCCUGGAGCGGGCUGAGCUCGGGGAGAGCCUCCUCACCUGGAUACAGACGUUUAAUGUUGAGGCACCAUGCCAGACAGUGGAGGAUUUAACGAAUGGAGUUGUAAUGGCACAGGUUCUUCAAAAAAUAGAUCCAGCUUACUUUGAUGAAAAUUGGCUGAACAGGAUCAAAACAGAAGUAGGAGAUAAUUGGAGGCUAAAGGUAAGCAACCUGAAGAAAAUUUUAAAAGGAAUAUUGGAUUACAACCAUGAGAUUCUGGGGCAACAGAUUAAUGACUUCACCCUUCCUGAUGUCAACCUGAUUGGAGAGCAUGCUGAUGCUGCAGAGCUUGGGAGGAUGCUUCAACUUAUUUUGGGAUGUGCAGUGAAUUGUGAACAGAAGCAAGAGUACAUCCAGACCAUAAUGAUGAUGGAAGAAUCGGUUCAACAUGUUGUCAUGACAGCCAUUCAGGAGUUGAUGAGUAAAGAGUCUCCAGUCUCUGUUGGAAAUGAUGCUUACGUUGACCUUGAUCGGCAGCUGAAGAAAACUACAGAAGAAUUAAAUGAAGCUCUAGCAACAAAAGAAGAAAUUGCCCAGAGAUGUCAUGAAUUAGAUAUGCAGGUUGCAGCCCUCCAGGAGGAGAAGAGCAGCUUGCUCGCCGAGAACCAGAUUUUGAUGGAACGUUUAAACCAAUCUGAUGCUAUUGAAGAUCCCAACAGCCCUGCAGGUCGUAGGCACUUGCAUCUGCAGACACAACUAGAACAACUCCAAGAGGAAACAUUCAGAUUAGAAGCUGCCAAAGAUGACUAUCGAAUACGCUGUGAAGAACUAGAAAAGGAAAUUGCUGAAUUGAGACAACAAACAGAAGAGCUUACUACAUUAGCAGAGGAGGCUCAGUCUUUGAAGGAUGAGAUAGAUGUACUCAGGCAUUCUUCUGAUAAAGUGGCCAAGUUAGAAAGCCAGGUAGAGUCAUACAAAAAGAAAUUGGAAGACCUGGGUGAUUUGCGACGGCAAGUGAAACUCUUAGAAGAGAAGAAUACAAUGUAUAUGCAAAAUACUGUGAGCCUGGAAGAAGAACUAAGGAAGGCCAAUGCAGCACGCAGUCAGCUGGAAACAUACAAGAGACAGGCAGUUGAACUACAAAACAGGUUAUCUGAAGAAUCCAAGAAAGCUGAUAAAUUAGAUUAUGAAUGCAAACGACUGAAAGAAAAAGUAGACAGCCUCCAAAAAGAAAAAGAUAGAUUAAGAACAGAAAGGGAUUCUUUGAAAGAAACUAUUGAAGAGCUUAGAUGUGUACAAGCUCAGGAGGGUCAGCUCACCACUACAGGAUUGAUGCCUCUGGGAAGACAAGAGACUUCAGACAGUUUAGCAGCAGAAAUUGUUACUCCUGAAAUAAAGGAGAAACUCAUUCGCCUUCAGCAUGAGAACAAGAUGUUAAAAUUGAACCAAGAAGGUUCAGACAAUGAAAAGAUCGCCUUGUUACAGAGCCUUCUUGAUGAUGCAAAUUUACGGAAGAACGAACUGGAGACAGAAAACAGAUUGGUAAAUCAGAGACUUCUAGAAGUGCAGUCCCAGGUUGAAGAACUACAAAAAUCUUUGCAGGAUCAAGGUUCAAAAGCUGAAGAUUCAAUUCUUCUGAAAAAGAAACUUGAAGAACAUCUUGAGAAGCUCCAUGAAGCUAACAAUGAGCUACAGAAGAAACGAGCUAUUAUUGAAGAUUUGGAACCAAGAUGCAAUAACAGUUCACUCAAAAUUGAAGAACUGCAAGAAGCUUUACGGAAAAAGGAGGAAGAAAUGAAGCAAAUGGAAGAGCGAUACAAAAAGUAUUUGGAAAAGGCCAAAAGUGUCAUCCGCACCUUGGAUCCUAAGCAGAACCAGGGUGCAGCUCCUGAGAUUCAGGCUCUGAAAAAUCAGUUGCAGGAGCGAGACAGAAUGUUUCAUUCAUUGGAGAAAGAAUAUGAAAAAACAAAAAGUCAAAGAGAAAUGGAGGAGAAAUUUAUUGUUAGUGCCUGGUACAAUAUGGGAAUGACUCUGCAUAAAAAAGCAGCAGAAGAUAGACUGGCUAGUACAGGCUCAGGACAGUCCUUCCUGGCUAGACAGAGGCAAGCCACGAGCACAAGGAGAUCUUACCCUGGUCAUGUCCAGCCAGCAACAGCAAGGUAGAGAAGCCUUGCCCUUAGAAAGAAAACUGCCCUGUGAUCCAGGCCACUUCUGUUGCAAGUGACAACAUUCAAGGAAAAUCAGCCAGCAUCCUUUCUCUUUCUCCACUACUAUUAUUUUACAGUUCAGGAAAGGGUUUUAUUAUGGUUCUCAUUGUUCUGUAUUGCCCUUUGCAUAUAUUUUUUGGAGUCAAUCUCUCUCUCUGUGCAUUUUUUGAAUGUGCCAAAGUUUUGAAAACAUCUGGAGGAGUGCUGUAUAAUCUUAUUUGUAUGAAGCCUGGUCUCUUAUGAAAAGCUUCAUAUGGGCUGUGUAACAAUGUGAAUUUCCUGUCACGGUUGAUAAAUUUGUGCCUAUAAGGGUUGUUACGCUUUAUAAGACUGUCGUUGUUCAAAGGGAAUUAGGCUUUUUAUUUCAUGUGCUAACCUGUUGCUUCAGAAAAAUGCUGAAAACUCAUUACAGAAACACAAAAUUAGUAUAUAAUACCAUUGUGAAAUGUAUUUGCUACUAAAAAUAUUAACAGCAAUUUUUUUUUUUUUUUAACUCCUACAUGCAAAGUUUGCUUUUAUUCUUGGCAUGUAAUAGGGAAGUAGGAUGGGGGUUUUUUCAGGUUUUUCUUUAUCUAGUGGUGUUACCUCUUUUGCUGGCAGAGCUGACAAUUUUCAAAUGGUUUGUUCUGCUCUUCUUGAUCAAGUGUAUGCUUAAAUACAUAUUAUAAAGACAUUGAGAAAUAUUUAGAAUGCUCUAAUACGUUACUGCAUCAUCCUUUUAAAGAGGUCAUUUGUUUUAAAAUUUUAUAAUUAUGGAUGAACAGUACAUAAUGGAUCAAGGCCCUGAUUAAUAUUGUUGAUGUUAUUGUAUACUAGUUGUCAUCCGCUACUAAAAGUCUUGCUUUUAGUAUGUUGAUUCAGGGUACAGUUGUAUCAGUUGCCUUACUAACGGUACCAGUGCCUUCAGGUGAGUUUGUUGCAGGCUUUGCUGGAAAUUGAUUGUGAUUCGUUGUACUGCCUUUUUAGUGUGUAGCUGGUUAUUUCUACAUCAGUCAUUUUAGCACCUUCACAUUGAUCAGUGGAGUUAGUGGUGGCCCCUAUGCUUAAUUUAAGUUCUGUUCCUACAGAGUUCUGCCUUUUUCCUGACUAAUUCUGUGCUCUCCGUAUCAUUUUUGUCAAAGAAUGGAUGGACACAGAGGACCUGAGUAUUGACCUGAGUUGAAAGUUUCAUGUACAUACAUCUUGCAGUGAUUCAGUUUUAAGCAUUUUUUCAUUUAGAGACUGUUGGGACCCUAACAUACAUGCCGUCUGGUUUAUAAAUUUACUUUUACCUUAUUUUAAUGGCCUCCCAAGUGAAGACAUUCUUUCAUGAAUAUUAUUAGAGAAAAGACAUACUAGCAUUUAUUAAUCAUCUGAAGGUCUGUGUUAAUUCACAACUUGGGUAUAAUGAGCAAAGGGUAAUUCAAACAAGCACACCUAGAUUAAAGGGUAAAGAACAGGUGAAUGACACUUUGAGGUACUGUUUUAUCCUCAAGUACAUCAUAUAUUUUAAUCUAGGCCAAGAAAUGCAUUCAGUAUGAGUCUGAAAAAUUUUACCCCUCCUACACCCCCCAGUAAUAUGAAAACAGAUGUUGAAGUUUAUUAAUUGCAUAUAGGUUUGUCUACUAUGCCUCACAUUUAGAAAAAAAAUGAUUUUCUAAAAUUCUAAAAUUCUCUUUGCUUCUUCAAGGUAUGACGAGUCUGGGUUAUUGCAAGAUUAGAUAAGCUAGUGAAAAUACCUUCUUGUGUGCAGAAAGGUAACAAUGUAAGGGAAGUGUAGGACGAUUUCUGUAGCUCAGGGACGUGAUACUCAUUUUGCUGUCUGAGAUACAGAAUACUAAAGGGACAAGAAGUCAUAUGUGUUAUCUGGCAAGAUGACCACAGUCCGUGAAGGAUGUCUUUUACUGAUCUUAUUGUGCAAUCCAUUCUAGUAAUUUGAAGAACUCUUUUACCACAUGCCAUGUGUGAACAGGAGUGAAUAAGAUUGCUCCUCUGAGAGAAUUUGAUGUUCCUGUUUGAGAUUACAGCAUUUUAUAUCACCCAGAGAAAGAACCUAAGAAUACCUAAAGCUCCAUUUUUAUUUUAAUCUGGCUGGCUCUGUCUGUUACCUGCCAAAGCCUAUUUGUGAAAGCGAAGAAUACCAGGACAUUAAUGUGAAGUGUUAUCUCUUAAUUUUGUCUAAUAAUUUAAUUUCCUGUUGCUGUUGAUUAAGUGGAGGUCUAAAAUAACCUGAACAAAACCUACACACUAGAAUAAAACCUCUAGCUUUUAUUAUUUUAACAUUUGUUUUGCCAUUUUGCCUCCAAAGUUUUGAUGAUGGGCAAAUGCCCCUAAUGGUUAGGAGAUGAACAGAUGCUCAUUAGAAGACUCGUUUUUAGCUUUUGCUUUCCUGUCUCUCAUGACUUCUUUUUACUGCUUGGUGGUUGUUGGCUUUUAUGUUCUGCGUUGUAGUUCUGGUUGGUCUGUCCUUUUCCCCUAAGAUAAGGCACUGAAGUGUUUUCCAUAGUUCCCUUCAAGAAUAUGUACUUGCAUUAGAGAGCAAAACAGCAAAACAAGGCUAAUAUUAAUCUGUGCUUUAUUGCACAUAGUAAUUUUUAGGUAAGAUUGAACAAGCAUUUUGUCUUUUGAGAAUUCACAAACUUGUAGAAAUUCUGGUAUUUCCCAGAAUUUGCGUUGAAGAAUCUAAAAAUACACUCUUUUUGCUAUCCAGUUCCAGUAAGUCAUUUGUUCUGUCUUGUAAUGGUAAUCAUCAGGAAUUUUAGUUCCUUGUUCUUCAACAUUUUACUUCUAUUAUUUACUGCAGAUAUAAAUUCUUAAUCUUUGGGUGUGGAUGAGUGCAGGUGGUAAACAUCAUAAACCUUCUCUCUCACAGGAACAGCUUCUUAUUGAAAACGUUAAGCUUCAUUAUUUUCUUUGCUUGUUAUGUAGCUCUGGAAGUAGUGUGGUAUUAAGAAGAAGAAGGGGUUCGUAGUGUGACUUCAAGGAAUAAGCACAUGUAUAGACAAGCUACCAGUGAGUGAGGUCUAUUUGUCUUAUCUUCAGUAUUAAAAAAAUAUAAGCAAAAAAUCCGUGUAAAACAGAAUUAUCUCAGUAGUUUAGAUUCUUCUAAUAAGCUUUUAGGAACACUUUUUCUGGGGCAACAAAGACCAUUUUUACAUCAAAAUGGUAGUGGUAAUUACUAAACCAAUGCUAUAUCCUUUCCUGAUGCACUACAGAAAAAACCCCUACAGACUACAGAGCUUAAAGAUAAAAGUUUCUUUACUGAUAGAACAGCUGAAGAGUUCAUGAGAGUAUGUUCCUGACCACUGUGCUGGGGAUCCACCCAGAAUAAUCUUUCUGACAGAUUUAAUUAAUGCCAAUAAAAGAUAACAGUUAAAUAGAUUAAUAUUUUCAGCAUUCAGAGCUGAGGCUUAGUUUCUGGUCUUAAAGGAUGUGUCUGCAGUUCAGUUCAUACACUUCGGUGGGGAGUUAAGUUGUUAGCAUAUCUGAUCAGACAUUACAGAAUAAAAUAUUCAAGUUCUCCGUUUUCAUGAUAGCAACACAUAACCACUUGGAUCAUAACACGUAUUUUUCAAGUGCUGUGAAAAUUGGAACAAUCUAAUUUAAAGGUUGUGUGUUCCACCACAGUGCAAAAGAAGAUGAAUUACUAGAGCACACAGCUUUAUAUCUUGUAAAGUGAAGUAAAUAUUUAAUAGCUACAAGAUGCUUUUCAUUAUAUCCUUGGAAAUAACCAAAUGGUAAUCUUGUCCUGUUCUGAUGUCACUUGAUGUAACGGCAAUGCUUCUGCAAGUUUUCUGUGGCUUUUUAUUCAUGUAAGGACCACCAGUGAUUUUAUAUUAAUUGUGUAUGAAAGAAUUAACAGUGACUGUUCCUUUUACUGCUUUAUGAUGCUCUUAAAUAGUAAGUGAUACAUGCAAGCUGUCAAGAAAAUUUAAAAGUAUUUCGCGCUUUUAAAGUCUUUGGUAUUUUAACAUGUGUAAGUAGCUUUUGCUUUUCCUCAGUUUUUCCUCAGUCUAGUAUAUGAGACUAUCCACUUCGCAGCUUCCUGGCUGAUUCUAAGUGGAUUUAAUUGUCUUGAUGUCUUGACAUUUUAUGUAGAUUUGGUAACAAAAAUAUUUUCGUUUCACCGCUUGAUUUUCUUCUAGUUAGUGAUUUGGAGAAAGACUGUCCUGAAUAUGUCUAAUUUUUCUUUUUCUUACGAAGCAAAACAGUACCUGAAUUUUACUCAUUUUGUAGAGGUUUUUAUUCUUGUCCAACAUUUGUACUGUUUGCAAGGAUUGAUGAGGGAUGUAUUUUUGCACUCAGUCAGCUGUGGCAUACUGACUUCUUACAGAUUUUUGCACAUGUUUUAAAUAGAAUGGGGAUUCUGUGUUCUUCAGUAAUAUUGUAUGGAUGAACUUUGGUACCUCCAAACGAAGUUUAGCAAAUUUUGCAGGCAUUUUCCUCACUGGUAUUGUGCAAAUAAACAGCUAAAAGAGGUUACUCUGUCAGGAAAUACUUUCAAGUGGUGUUUUUUCCUCUAAGCCAAGUAGUCAUACUUCAGCAGUGUCACCUACAGAAUAGUUCAGUAGCUGGAUUAUGUCUGGAAUGUGAUCUCAGGAAAUCAAGUACUUAUAAAGAAACCUUUUCAGAAGCCCUUCCUUGAAACAACAACCAGCUGAUGCUGGCAGUAUGAUACAUUUAGCAUUCUGUGAAAAUGAAGAGGUGAAUCAUUAUAUAUAACAAUUUAAAUGUAAAGAUCAGGUAAACAAGACAUUGAGUGAAAGAGGUUUUGAACUUUACAAACUGCAACACAGCCCAGGCACGUGUCCCCUCAUAAAUCUGAGCAGUCUAGCUCCCUUCUCUAUGGGGAAGAACGCUGCGUUUGGACUUUGUGCCUUUCAACAGGAGGAAGUGUAGUCUUGCAUUAUCUCAUAGGUGAGUGCAGGAGCAAAUAACGAAUCACACUUGCACUCAGAACAUCUCUACAAGCCAAACCAUAUUAUUGGCUUGUGGCAGAUACCAGAUUCUAGGUAGGAUUCUAGCCAUACCUCCAGUUUGUUACUUUCAAGGAAUGAAGAACUUGUCCUGGCAUGACCGAUUACCUUGCCUUGCUCCCUCUGGAAGGCCAAAAAAGGAGCAGAAGCCUGUCAGUGACUCUGCAGGCUGAAAGUAAAAAUAAGGGAUGACUUCUUCAGCUUGGAGGUGGAGGAGACUGAUGCAAGCAACUAUUUAAGUACAAAACUCUGAAGAGCAGUAUGUCUUUCACCAUUUUGCUUUUUGGUGUUAAUUUGAAAACAAUGAAACAGAACCUGAGCUUUUGGAGCUGGGCACGGUGGGGUGGUAAUUAGUUUUGAAUUGCAGUUGAUUAAGUAUUAAAGGCUUUACCUAUGUGAAUAAGGCAGAAGCUAUCGUUAUCAGCCACAGCAACUUCAGACUUCAUCCAUGUGGUACAGUGAGGCCCCGGAGAUUUUGACUCUGCUGCCAGCUUCAUUGUACCAUUCGGAGAUGUUGAGGACGUAAUAACUCUGUCCUGUUUUUUAUUGACUUGACUUCUGUGGAUUUGUUGAAAUACUGGACCACAAAGUUAAUUUUUUUACCUGUAUCAGCUCGUUGAAUUAGGUAAUAAAUGACUGUUGACUGAGGAGUUCUAGGAAACAUGGCAAACAGUAAAGUCCUGUGGGGCACCGAGGCAGCACUGGGCAGUACAGCCGAGGCAGCUUCCCAGGCAAAUUGAUCUGGUUUCAGGUUGUAGCUAGUGGGUCAGCAGGAGCUCAUGACAAUUGAAGUCCUUGCCUAUUAGUUGUGGAGGGGUGGUUUUGCUGUGAACUUUGCUAUGGCCCUAGAUUCUAACCUUCACCUUUAGGCCUUGCCAAGGUAAUGCAGGACUGUCCUGAAGCAGAUGUCUGCAUUAGCUGGUUCUGGUGGCAAGUGAGGAAUUUCCUCUGCUGCUGUUUGCUGUGUGCAUAAAGUCAUUUGGAAGACUGCGUAUUGUGCAGUCUCUGUUGCACUGCGUGUCAAUUCCAGACUGAAAGCAGGUUCCGUUUGUCAGAUAAAAAAUUCUUGCUGCUGCCUUGUUGCUUUGGAUCUCACAGACUGAUCCAUACAACAUGAAAAAUAUUGCUAAUAGAGGGAAAUCCAGGACAGCUGGGAAGCCUUUCUUGGCUGUUGGUGCCUUUAUUCAUUGCUUCACAUUAGAAAGGUCCUUUACUAUCAGAUGAAUAAGUUAAAAGAGUAUCACGUUUCAGAAGGAGGAACAGUUAUUCUAAUCAUUACAAAAGUAGUCAUUUGUCAGCACUUCGAAGAGCUGUUAACUACUGUAAGAUAGCACAAAUCUGAAAUACUGCAAAAGCAAUUAUUUCCACAGGUAUAGGAUAGCUUAUUCUGCAAAUGAAACUUGAAUCCCUAAUGAUUAUCCCUAAUGUUAAGAGAAGAGAAAAUCAACAUAAAAGCCAAUUGUUAGCAUGCUUAUGAAAAUGAGCAGAAUUUUAAGAAAAAAUCCCAACUGUUGUAAUAUUUAUAUACAAUAGUUAUAGUGAAACCAUCAGACUUUUAAAUUGGAUUUGAAUAUAACAUUCAUUAUGCAAUUUAAAAUUCUGUGAAACGGAGAACAUAGUUCUCAGUCACCAAAGUAUGCAGGAGAGUAAACGUAUUCCAUGGGGGUACUGGAGGUUUUGAGAGAGAUUUUGAAGCUUUUAUUUAGCAGUAUCCCUCAGAACUUUGCAUAGUUAUAAGCAUGACAUUAUAAGGGCACUGUUCUUAGAAUUUAUAGUCCACCUUGUAUUCUCUGGUUGUAAGAGUUACGAAAAUGCAAAGUGGAUUCUUGGUUGAAAGGCUCCUUUAAAAAAAUCUCAAGGAAAUACCAUGGAGAAAGACAUAGAAUAGGUGCAGAAAGAACAAACUUUAGCAGUUAAAGCUAGGUAAUGAAGCUAGGAAAUCUGCAGAAAGAGAAAUCUGGAAGCAAUUAUUUCAAAGCAGAAGUAUUUUGGGAAGAGUGUCUGGUGUUGGACCUGGAAAGUGAGUAGACUGCAUUGGUCUGAUAGUGUUGGUGGUGGCGUUAGAAAGUACUGCUUAUGGACAGCAGGGUCUUGGCUGCAGAAAGCCUGAUUCACUUUAGGAUCAAACCUAGAUUGAACAGGAAAAAAGUAGUUGCUCAGAGAGGACAUGGGUUUUUUUGUGGGCGGGGUUUUUUAGGGGGGAGCAGCGCCCUGAAUUCGAAGUUCCUGUGUUGGUAGGUACCCCCCAGCUGGCUAGGUUAAUGAAAAAGGCUGCCGUCCCUUCUGUGGCUUCGAUGUGCUGGGGUUGUCCCAGUUGUGCCUGUGUGUUGAAGAAACAAGACAUCAGUGAGAAGUUAAGGAAGACUUUUAAGGGACAGAUAACCACUUGUAAUGAAGUAGAGCUAAUGGGAUUAGGCCCUGAAUGUUGAAGGGAAAUGCGUCACGAAGAAACAAUCCCUCAGGCUGACAAUGAACCUUCACUUGUAGCGGGAAUAUUUUGGAUUGGCAAAGGAAAGAAGUAGGAGAAAGUCACUCCUCUAUAGACACAUCAUCUGCUGCAUUAACUGUCUCUUUCUGAAGAUGCUGCAGAAGCAAUGACAGAUUAUGCUGAGUGAAUUUACCCUCAUGUCUUGCAUCUCUGUCUUCUGAAGUGUUGCCUCAACAGGUAGCUUUAAAAUACAUUAUUUUUGAGGAGUUCUCCAAGAGAAAGAAAUUGACAGAAAUUUUUUCUGUGAUGAUUAGAAUUUCUAGUCAGGAAACAACACUGUCAGAUGAAUUUGUUGCAUCCUUGAAAGAGGAUACACUGUCCUGAGUUUACAAGACCUCUCAAAAGUACUGUUGACUCAAAGCAAAACCUCAAUGUCAUCUCCAUUUAUGUGCAACAGGACACUUGAAGUGCUACUAAGUAACGUCUGAACUAAGUUACAGCCAGGUGAGACUAACAGAGUAGACUAUAUUGAUUUACGCACUAUAGCAUAGAUACAUGCUUAUAUAGCUUGAAUGUUUUUUUUAAUAGACUAACUACAGUGAUCAUCACAUUAUUAACUCUGAUUUCUGUAACUUUAUGCACCCCAGCAGUGCCAUGCAAGCUUAACAGACUAUGAUUGCUCAAAUACACUCUCAAGGUCUUUGAAUGUGUUGAAAGUGUUAAUUUUUAAAAAUUUUAUUUCAUUUGCUUUAUGUCUAUUUGGUUUUCAACUAUGGCUUGUAUUCUGUGUUGGUGAUGAGAAGGAAAAGAGGGAUGUGCAAGCUGCAGGACUUACAGAAAGGCAGAUAUUUUUUUGCAGUAAGUCCUCGAGUUCAGCUAUAAAUACUUUCUUAUCUAUUUAACCUGGAUUUGCCCUCAUUUUUGACCAGUGCAAUACUAGGAAGGAGGAAGUGGGGAGAGAAACAGUUUGCAUGCUUUGAUUUCGGUCUGGUGAAGCCAUUUUGCUCUUUGCAGUAUCAAUCACAGUGAGUGCAAUGUGAAAAUGAGAACAAGCAGGUAGUGCUGUGCCAUGCUGUGCGGGGAUAUUUGUGUUACUUGUGGAAGCUGAAAUCACUGUAGCUGGUUUGUAAAGCAUUCCGUUCCAAUUAGACUGGCCAAAGAAGAAGAGAGCGCAUCAGCAAGGAUGGAGAAAUAUGCCAGCCUCUCCAGUUCUCUUCCAAACUUAGAUUCACUUCCACAGCAUUGUGAUGUUCUCUUUGGGACUGCUCAGUGGCUUCUACUCGGCUUAUUUCAACAAGAAUACAUAUAACGUUCUUGCAAUUCGAAACUGUAUUCUCAUGCAAUGAAUAGAACUUACCAGUGUAGUGUGGCAGUGAUGCUGUUGCAGCCUCACACACAGGAUGAGCUUUGACGAAACAAACACUUAAAAGUCUUUGAAUUGUGCUCAGAGCUCAAAGGCUCAGAGUCAUUAUGACCCUGAUUGUCCUCUAAUAUAUAACCACACGCAGUACUGGACAGGCACCUUUCACUUUAUAUUGCUUUGAUUUUUUUAACUGUUGUACUCACAGACAGCAGGAAUGCCUGAGAUGUUUUCACUGCUGUGUACUUCUUCCGUAGCUGUGUUAAUUGAGAAUGGUGCCUUGAAGGGCUUUACUCAGAAUUGUUUUAAAUUUUUCUGAAUUAUGUCUAAAUUUAGGUAUUGUUUAAGGCUGUUUUGCUGCUCUUUACAAUUACUGGCAUGUAACCUUCCUGUUAAUUUGAAGAGUGGCUCUGGCAAGGGGUUUUCCCCAUGAAUUUGCACGACUCUUAAGUAGAAACAGCCUUACUAAACUGCUCUGAAAAAUACCUGUUCUGUGCUCUGGGUUUUUUUAAAGGUAAUAUGUUAUCUGCUUUUUAACUUUCUUCUUUAUUCUUUUAUUUGCAGUGAUGUGGUUGCAUGACCUGCAGCAUUAUUGUAACAGGGACUGUUCAGUGCAUGACUUGCUUUUCUGUCCAGACUACAUAAUCAAAACUUAACCAGUUCUACACUUAAGACUCAUGGCCAUCUGAUUUCAAAGGGAGAUCUACUUGCAGAGAAGCUUACCAUCCUGGGGAGUGGCUUUCCCAUUUCCCACUUGCAUUUACUCUUUCUCUUCACAAAAAGUCUCCUAUGAGGCUAGGAGAGAGGAAAUCCAGUAUUCAGAACUCAACAGGAGGCGUUCUGCAAACUGACAGAGCAUUGUCAGCUCUCCAUUUUUAUUUCCACCUGUCCACUUUAUUUAAUUCUGAUUAACAGUAUUAACACACAGACUUCCUGCAACUUUUUCCUAUACUGAACUAUAAAAAUCUAGUCUUAAUGAGUUCCUAGAAACAUCUUUUGGUUACUGUUAAAAUUUCAAAGCACCUGUACCCUUAAAGGAUCCACUUUGAAUCUUUAAAUAAUUAAAGCAAAGCGAAGGAGGUGUCUUACCAGGAGAAAUGACUAAGGAAUUGCUGCUUGGCUUCCCAUCUUCCUUAGAAAACCAGGCAAGGUUCAUCUGAUAAUCUCCGAGCCAGGCAAACUGCCGGGUGGUAUUUUGUUCAGACACUGCCUGCUUCCUUACUAUGUAUAUACACAGUAGUGUUUGGCUGUUGUAUUUUCCUCUACAUUUUAGCUGUGUUGUCAGUUCCUUUCAGAAAUUUUUUUUCCAAGUCUGUGUACAAUUGUUAAAACAAUCUGAGGAAAGAACGCGAAUGGAGAUAAGUAUGAAAGCAGUCUACACUUUCAGUAUCAUGCAGACUGUCCUUGCCAGUUUAUACUUUGGGUCAUUUGUCUUUCACCUGUACUAUUUUUUUUUCUUUUCUUUUCUUUUCUUCUCCUUAUAGCAGUCUUAGCUAUUUAAUUUCCAAUUGCACUAGAUUGGCUGUUUCUUUGUAUUAUGAAGUCUAGCUAUAAGAUUUGCCAUAUGUAGACAGUGUAACUCAAAAUGCUUUGUACUGCCUAUAUUAAUUUAAAAAGCUACUUAUUUAAUAUUCUUAAAUAUCUGCACAUUUGUACUACUGUAUCUUUGUUUUGUAUUGGACAUCCAGUACUGGCAAGAUUCAGAAUACGAUGGGGUGCUGUAGUGUUCGAAGUUAAGAAGUUUAUUGUAUAGGAGUUAGUAUGUAAUGAAUGGGAAAGGGGGCUUCGAAGCCAUAGGAGUUGCUGGAAAAUCUGAAGAGAGUCUGAAUGAUGAGUACUGUUAAGUGGUUUGGCUGAAGUCUGGUUGCAGAGAAACCCCAUUCUUGCUCACUUGGAUCUUAAUCCUGCAAAAAUGUAACCGCAUAUGUACUCUGCUUACUCCAAGAACGGUUUUGCUUAUUCAGGCCACAGCGUAACUACCAGCCCUGUUUUCCAUGUGAGCACUCCCAUGCUGGAGGAAUAUUGUGUGCACUAGUCUCUGCAGUCACUUCUGGUCACAGAAACCAGCGCACGCCUCGUCCCUGGCCUGUCAAGUGGGGCUCUGGGCAGAGCUGCACCACUGCACGUGUUCAGUCCCUGGGGAUCAUGGUGCCUGCUGUGUCUGGUAGCGACCGGCCGGGUAUCCCUGCAGCAGAGACAGCAGCACUUUCAUCAGACUGAGACCAACAGAGGGCUAAAGGAUUUGUGUCUUUCCAGGUCCUAGCCAUUGAUCCCUUCUUACAUGUUCAGGGCGAGCAUUCUUAGAAAAAUUCCUUUUUGUUGAGUGUUAAAGGCAUGAUUUGUUUCUCAUUUGCAAGUGCUGCUCUGGCUGGGACAGCAUCCUGCCCCAAGACAGUUGGGUGCAGGAGCCCCGAGGUCAGGGGUUCUGUGCAGGGCAGGAGGGGAUGUCUGUGUUUUCAUGUACCUGCCUGCAAGGUGUCCCACAGUGGAGCUGAGCAAGUGAUCUGUGCAAAUUAGAGACUAAGUAUCAGUUGUUCUUGAGCCUGAAGAUGUUUGUGUGUCAGUGUGUUUAGCUUGGCCAAAACUGAGUUCGCUAAUGCAAUAGAGAGAUGUCAGGUGGAGCCAGUAAGUUCCAGCGAGCGGGCUGGCUGCUGUAGUUAGAUUAGCCUAGCAUCUCUGUCAUGAAGUGAUUGCAAGCUCACAGCUCAGAGGUGAUCUCCAGCAUGUCUCUGAUGUACUAACUUCAUUUGUGCUGCAUAGAAAACUCUUAUUUUUUUAAUAGCAGCUUGUUUGACAGUCCUGAAUUAAGUGUUGAUCAAUUAUCAAAGUAACUAUUUGUAAAGUUGCUAGUGAUACAUUUUCUGUAAAAGAAUGGAUACUUACUGUGUCAAAACAUUAAUUUCCCAUUUCAGUUCAUCUACAAAUUGUGUAACUACCAGAUUGUCAUGGUAGCAGUGUUAAUAUACAUAUCUGUAUAUAGACAAAAAAAAAUACUCAGUAACGAUAAUUGGAAUCAAAAGUUUUAAUAUUUUUUCCCAGUCAAAUACACUAAUGCUUCCAAGGUGACAGAAGAGUGUACAGUUGUUAAACAAGUUGUAAAUAAAUGCUUAUAUAAAAUGUA